AUGUCCAAAACCAACAACACGUUCUUUCAAGCCCAUGACGAGCGAUUCGGCGCAAUUAUCGGCCCAGCCCCAUCGCUGGAGCUACUAGCAGAAAACUAUGACUAUCCCUUCGCCCACGAGGCCGGGGUCUACAACCCCCUUACAAACGACCUCUUCAUCACCAGCAACAGAUGCAUUGACCCGAAUGGACAGCAAAAAGUACACAUCACUCGUGUUAAUCUGAGUCGAAACCCAGUCACCUGCGAGGAAAUACCCACACAGAUUCCCAUGGGCAACGGAGGAAUUAACUAUGGCAAAGACCACGUCCUCUUCUGCGCACAGGGUUCCAUGACUGAACCAAGCGGGCUGUACCGCAUGUCCACCACCGCUCCGUAUCAGUCGGAACUGUUGAAACAGGACUUCCUUGGCCGGCCUUUUAAUUCUGUCAAUGACGUGGUCGUGCACACGGAUGGCUCGGUCUGGUUUACAGAUCCCAUUUACGGCUCUGAGCAGGGAUAUCGGCCGGCGCCGUGCCUGCCCAAUCAGGUAUACCGGUGGUGUCCCGAAACUGGAGCUAUUCGGGUUAUGGCGGAUGGAUUUGGGAGACCGAAUGGCAUCUGUUUCUCCCCAGAUGACAAGAUUGUCUACAUCACGGAUACUGACCGGGUUCAUGGCGACGGAACAAUUGAUGAUCAAAUUGCUUAUGGUGAUUCUAUCUAG